AGCACGGGAACUGUUUCGGUUUUAGGUGUUUGGAAGCUUUUGUCUUCUUCGUUGAAUCAUCCGACUGUUGGGGACUCCAGAAUAAUGAAACUCAGCGUUUUGGUUCUCCUGCUCCUCCUGGAGACACGCUCAGCUUACACUUAUGAGAACGUGGCGUUGCGUGGAAAGGCGACCCAGUCAGACCGUUGGCAGGACUCGUUUGGAGCUGCUUACAAUGCUAUUGAUGGAAACCGUGAGGGUAUUUACGCUUCGGGAUCAUGCAGCCACACUGACCAAGAGACCAACCCCUGGUGGAGAGUGGACCUGCUGGAGUCCUACAUCGUCACCUCCGUCAUCAUCUCCAACAGAGUAGACUGCUGCGAGAACAGGCUCAACGGGGCAAAGAUUCACAUCGGCAACUCUUUAGAGAACAACGGUGCCGCAAACCCAGUGGCUGGUAAAAUUACUAGAACGGAUCCAGGCGAAUCAGUUACUCUGACUUUCACUGAACGUGUGGAGGGACGUUACGUGACUGUGGUUGUACCGGGUUCACAGAAAUACCUCACACUCUGUGAAGUGGAAGUCUACGGGUACCGGGCCCCGACUGGAGAGAACCUGGCCCUCGGAGGAAAAGCCUCACAGUCGUCACUGUAUGAGUUUGGCCCUGCAUAUAACGCCAUAGAUGGGAAUCCUAGCAGCAAGUGGGAGCACGGCUCCUGCACUCACACAAUGAACGACAUCAACCCCUGGUGGCGACUGGAUCUGCGCAAAACCCACAAAGUGUUUUCUGUCAAGAUAACCACCCGAGUGGAAGACUCGGACCGACUCAAUGGAGCCGAGAUCCACAUUGGAGAUUCCCUUGACAACUUCGGCAACAACAACCCCAGGUAGUUUACAACCUGUUAGUUUAAAAUGCAUGGUUUC